AUCAUUCUCAAUAUGAAUACUACUCCCAUAACUGACUUGGACUCGCUAAACUUCAAGGAACUCACAAAACAGGCUUUGGAUGUCGCUAGAUCCGUUCCCAAUUGGAAACUUACCAAAACAUAUAGCCAAAGCAACGUUAUCACCGAUGUGUUCUCCAGUACAAUCGAACAAGACUUUUGGGUAGCACGACAGACCCAGUUAAAUGCACAUCAAACUAGUUCUUAUGAGGACAAAUUCCAUAAACUCUUGAUCGGAAACAUUCCAAUUGACCUCCAAGAUAACCAUACCUUCCACGAAAAGAAUUACAUCCACGAUCUUUAUGACUUUAACAUUAAGGGUUUCAACGACUCCACAUACUUGAUCAAAACCUUUUAUAACCUCCCAUUUCCCUUGAAAAAAAGGACCUUCCACAACCUCGUCCACAUUGUGGAUACCGGCACCUAUUCAAUGGUGCUAUCGCUUUCUUUAGAGCCGGGUAUCCUUGGUAUUGAUCCCGGGUUUGUAGUGGGUCACUAUAGUUCAAUUGAGUUGAUUGAGAGAAAUGAAAAGGGUUUACUAUGGACAAUGUGUACGUCGUCUAAUCCCAACGGGUCGAUUCCGUACUGGAUCACCAAAAAGAGUCUUCCGGGAGCUAUAGUGAAUGAUGUUCCUAGUUUCUUGGCGUACUGUGAUAAACAUUAGUCAUUAGUAUAUUGCUAAAAGUGAACUAUAAGAACCGCUAUGACUUCUAUGUGCUGCCGUUGAUCAUGUAGUUCUCGAACCAGAGCUUGACAUCAUCGCCCAAAUUAUCUAGGAAGUCCACCUUUAUGACGUUUUCUGAUACAACCAGUACACCCGAUUUGACUUGAGCCAAGUGCCUUCUUCUUUUAAAGGCAUUAUUAUGAUUAAUGUUUCUGAUUAUGAUAAUAUACUUUUCUUCGUAUUUGAUGUAGUAGAACAUCCAGUCAUUGAUUUUAUUGGUGCUGAAUUUGUGGAAGUAUUCAUUAAGGUG